AUGUAUAUGACCUACCCUUGUCCCAGUCCUCUUGCAAACGAUCAAAGAUUGAAGGAGGGCUUGGAAACACUGGGGGUGCUGCAGGCACUGAAAAAUAACCUGUGCCUAAGAAACUUGUUUGCUGGAGGUCCCCCUGCACCACUUACAGCAGAACAAGUGACCGACCUCUUUAAGGUCUGUUACUCUGAAAGAGGAAGCUCAAGGCGGGUGGAGGAGGAGCGUGCCGUUGGCCAGUGGAGAGACUUGCUAAUAGACAUAGAGGGUGGAGAUGCUGUGCUGCUUUGGGACGAAAACAUGACAGUGAGUUUGGAGGAUGUCCUAAUGUUCGCCACUGGCACCAACCGCAUUCCUCCACUAGGAUUUGAUGUUGUGCCAACUCUGAGAUUCCUACAUGAAAACAAAGAAUUGAGGAAAUUUCCAGAGGCCAAUACAUGUGGCCUAAUUUUGAGGCUCCCAAUUCAUGGCUCAUAACACUUUCAGUGAGCACAUGGUUUCAGGAAUUUUGCAGUCCCCAC